UUACUGUAAUUGCAAAAAAACGAACUACGCCUAUUUAAACCAUAUCUUACAGAAGAAUACCUUUCGAAUAAACUAUACCUUUUGAAGUAGAAAACCAAUUUAUUAAUCAAUAUGCGUGAAAUCGUGCAUCUCCAAGCUGGUCAAUGCGGCAAUCAAGUAGGAGCUAAGUUUUGGGAAGUGAUAUCCGAUGAACAUGGUAUUGACCCAACUGGAUGUUAUCAUGGAGAUUCCGACUUGCAGCUUGAAAGAAUAAACGUGUAUUACGUGGAGGCUACAGGUGGGAAAUACGUACCACGUGCCGUGCUCGUCGAUUUGGAGCCUGGUACAAUGGACGCCGUCCGCGCCAGUCCAUUUGGACAACUUUUCCGCCCGGACAACUUCGUCUUCGGGCAAUCCGGCGCUGGCAACAACUGGGCCAAGGGCCACUACACGGAAGGCGCCGAACUGGUGGACUCCGUCAUGGACGUGGCCAGGAAGGAAGCGGAGGGCUGCGACUGCCUGCAGGGCUUCCAGCUGGCUCACUCCUUGGGAGGCGGCACGGGCUCUGGCUUAGGCACGCUGCUCAUGUCCAAGCUGCGGGAGGAGUACCCCGACCGCAUCCUCGCCACCUUCAGCGUCUUCCCUUCAGGAAAGGUGUCCGACACCGUGGUGGAGCCGUAUAAUUCUGUGUUAUCCGUCCACAUCUUACUGGAAAACACAGAUCUUACUUUCUGUAUCGACAACGAAGCGUUGUAUGACAUCUGCUUCCGCACACUGAAGCUCACGUGUCCGACAUUUGGUGAUCUCAACCAUUUGGUCUCCGUCACCAUGUCGGGAGUUACCACGUGCCUUCGCUUCCCUGGCCAGCUCAAUGCCGAUUUACGAAAACUAGCAGUCAACAUGGUGCCCUUCCCUCGCCUCCACUUCUUCGUCCCCGGCUUCGCACCGCUCACAUCGCGAGGAAGCCAGCAGUACCGCUGCCUCACCGUGCCAGAACUCACCCAGCAGAUGUUCGACGCCAAGAAUAUGAUGGCGGCGUGCGACCCGCGCCACGGCCGCUACCUCACAGCGGCCGCCAUGUUCCGAGGCCGCAUGUCGGUCAAGGAGGUGGACGAGCAGAUGCUCAACGUGCAAAAUAAAAAUUGCAGCUAUUUCGUGGAGUGGAUUCCAGACCACAUAAAAACGGCCGUCUGCGAUAUCCCGCCUCGAGGUCUGAAGAUGUCCGUUACAUUCCUGGGUAACACGACAGCUGUUGUGGAGCUUUUCAAGCGCAUGACGGAGCAUUUCACCUCCAUGUUCCGUCGCAAAGCUUUCUUGCACUGGUACUUGGGUGAGGGCAUGGACGAGAUGGAGUUCACGGAGGCUGAGUCGAACUUGAACGAUUUGAUUUCGGAGUAUCAGCAGUACCAAGAAGCAGGAGGAGAAGAUGACGGAGAAUAUGGUGAUGAAGGAGAGUAAUUUUAUAUCUCCUAAUUCAAACCAAAUGCAUCUUCAGAGAGUGGAGGAAGGGAAUAACUCACAAAAUUUUAUUUUAAAAUUAUUUCUAAAAUUUAUUUUACAAUUAUAUUCUGGUAUUUUAUUUAUUAUACUCUUUUGUAGAGUUCUAUUUAAUUUGAUGGGGAGCUUUAUUUAUUUUUGAUAUAUGUAUUAUUUAUUUUGG